AAGAUUUGCCAGUUUAUUAUUAAAUUUUGUGUGCGAUCGGUUGAUAUACCAGAUAAGUGAAGACGUACUCAAUAUAAGGAAUACCAAAAUAAGAAUUGGAAGAAAUAUAUUUGAGGUAACGAUGUCAGAGCCAAAUGAAAACGAUAAGAUGCUGCCACCCAUCACAGAAUCGGAGAGCACGUGUCUUGACCUUGGACAGACAGAAUUGGACGACCUAAAAGAUGCUAUAAAUGUUUCAUCAACAAAUAUUUCAACUGAAGAAUGUACAUCAUCUAAAGAAGAAGCAAACAACAGUUUUUUAUACAAACCGUUCGAUUAUACUCUGCAUGGCUUGACGGACUUCGAAGAUCAAACCAUUUAUUCUGUGACAAAAGAAAGUUUGGAAGGGACGGAUUGUGCUCUCUCUUUUGAUAAACAAAAGGAUACUACUGAAGUCUUAACAAAAAACAGGACGAUUACAACGGUUAAUGCUAAGUCGCUUCGCAAUGAAGAAUCUGUCAAACGAUUCGGCUCUUUCCAAUUAGAAAAUCAUGAUGCCACUCUAGAUCAAGAAGCUGAUCUUAAUGAUAUAUUUUGUUCCACAAUGAUUAACCCAGAGGAAAUAGAUUCCAUGUUUGCAGUAGAUGAGACUGAAAUAAGUAAUCGGGGUACCCUAAAAACAACUGAUUCUCAUAAAGAAAUGUAUUAUCAAAAAAAUAUGGAUAAUCCUAUACAGAACCAUAAAGAAUUUAAGAAAAGCAAUGCUAAGAGAAAGUGUAGCAAAACUAAUUCGGACAACGAUUUGGAAAAUAUUGAUACCGUCCCACGCAAUUCGCUAAAACUAGCGGACAAUGGUUUGCCAGUCCCUCAUCAAAAUGGUGUUGAACAUCUCAGAAAUAAAUUUGAAGAAUUUGAGAAAACCGUUGAAAAAGAACCAAAUAUUGACACAUUGCUGAAAAACAAGAUAGGUAAAUUCAAUGAGUCUGGUCAGCUAUCUAAAGAGACUGAUUUGGAAGUUAAAAAUAAUCUGGAUCAAUCUGCUGACAAGGAUACUGAUUUGAAAGUUUUAAAAGAGGCCAGCGACAAUUUAAUCUUUCAACAGUUAGAUAUCGAAAGACCCAAGAAAAAUAUAAAUGAACUUAAGAAAACGACCUUUUUGGAAAGUCCGCAAGAACAGAUUCCAAUUGGACAGAGAGCCAUCGAUUUGGAAGAUGGCGAAGUAACUGGUGAAGAUAAUGAUUUUCAAAAAAUUGAGGGCAGCCAAAUCUCAAUAAGCCAUCAGAAGAUGAAACCCAAAGACAAAGACACAUUGUCCAACAACGAAAUGUGCAAGCUAUUAGAGUCUGGAGAGUUAUCCGAAGAUAACACUUCGGGAGCGGAGCAUGAUGAGUCGGCGGAUCUGGAAGACGGCGAAGUAUCUGGCGAAGAUGACAAUGUCCCAACAGAUGUAUCAAAAAAAGAGGUCAACGGUAUGCCAAUCUGUCGUUUUCACAUUCGCAACGCCUGCUCUUGGGGUAACAACUGUCGAUUCCGCCAUCCGGAGCCGAACAAUAAGGGCAACUAUGUGAUGUUUGAAAAGAAGUUUCUGCCAGUAGCUCCCGCGUUGAUUCCACGAGGAUGGCCUGCUUUUAUGACACCCUGUGCGGACACCCAUCAACUAAAUCAGGCCGAGAAAAUGGUAAGACGGCCUCGGAGCCCGGCUGCAUCAGCAUUGGGCUUAAACGACAUGGACACCGAUCCCUACUACUCAAAGGAUCAGCCGGAGGUGCAGGAGCGACUUCCUCUGCUGCCCACGCCGACAUUCAUUGAGCUUUUGAUGAUGCAGAAGAACUAUCAGCAAUCGGUAGCGCUGAAACGGUCAGUUCGCAACACUGCGAUGCCCUCGAAGCCAAGACCGAUAGCGUGGGAAAGUCGACUGAGCAGCAGUUCAACGUCCACCUUGCAAGAGUCGCCAUCGAGUAGCAGCUCUCCUGAGGGAUCACCACCCCGAUGUGCUAGACAUAACCGAUCAACUAUCCGCACAACAACGACGGCUUCAUCGUCACAUUUGCACUCCCUCAAACGCCAGCGCUCGCCGAGUCCUCCUAGGUUCUCUAUUCGUGGACCCCGCACUCCAUCUCGCAGCCCGCAUACGCGUUCCAGUGUCAGCACUCGUCCUGAACCGAAGCGACAACGUCCUGAUAGCAGUGACUCCUCCGAGUCAUCCAGCUAUGAAUCCACUACCGAAAGCUCCGACGAUGCAUCAUCUUCCUCAGAUUCCGAUACCAGAGGCACGAGCUCUAGGCGAACGGGGAAAAAAAACAAAACGUCAUCGAGAGCAAAAAAAUUAAAAAGAUACUCUUCGCACACACAAGCAUCUUCGUCGAAGUAUCCAAAAAAACAUAUCUCAAAACGACGAUCACCACAAACUUCUUCAGAAUCUUCUACAAAAACUCCUGCAAGAAAUCCUCCAAAACUUAUUCCCCUUGCACCAAAAAAAGGACAUAGCGCUGAGGACAAUUCUUACAGUGCCAAAAAGAAACAGUCUCGACAGAAAUAUUUACUUUUGCAACUUUUACGCGUCGAGGAGCAGAUCGCAAAAAAAAAGCAGCAGCGAUUGAAAGCUCUGAAGAGAUCAACAAAUUAA